CAAAACAUGCUCACUCUCGGAACCCGUCAAUAUCAGUCUCACUGUUGCACAGCGCCGAUUAGUUGCUGCUGAAUACCGACUGAGGAAGGACUCUGCCUAGUCGAGUUCCUGAAGAUGAACGCGCUUAUUGUGAUAUUUUGUGGCUUUCUGGCCGCGCACUGCAUCCUCGCCGAAAACUUUGUUCAGAACUAUGAUCAACCCUUCCGGAGCACUAGAAACGUGCAGUUCGAUUGGACUUUAACGAAGCGAAUUUUCGAAACACAAAAAUCGAACGCCGUUAUUUCACCUUUUUCGGUGAAAAUUCUGCUGACACUGCUGUAUGAAGCAACGGGCGAUGCGGCUGAUCUCUCGAUUACACAAACCAAAAAAGAACUACGAACCGUUUUGGAUCCAUCCGAAGAUUUGAAUGCUACCCGAAAUAUGUACCGUUCACUACUGGAUUCGGCGUUGGCGGAGAGUACCGACUUUGAUCUUAAGAUCGCCACCAAAUUCUUUGUCGAUGAGUUCAUCGAUGUCAUCAGCAAGUACCAGAUUAUAUCGGAUCAUUAUUACAAUGCAACGGUAGACAAAGUUCCGUUCUCCAAGCCGAAGAAAGCUGCCGACAUAAUCAACAAUUGGGUUUCGCGAAAUACGAACGGUCGCAUCAACGAACUCGUCAGUGCCGACGGAGUCGAAGGAGCUGUCAUAACGCUGGUCAAUGCCAUCUACUUCAAGGGUAUGUGGACGUAUCCCUUCCCGGAAAAUGGACCGAGACGAGCUUUCUACACCGCACGUAAGCAGCUGGAAGCCGACUACAUGGAACAGAAUGGGCAAUUUUACUACGAUGACUCUAGCAUCCUCAACGCUCAGCUGCUUCGGUUACCGUACCGGGGAGGCAAAUUUGCCAUGUACUUCAUCUUACCCCGCACGAACGGUUCCAUCAACGACGUCCUGAGUCGCAUCACUUCCCCCAGUCUGCAUCAGGCGUUGUGGUACAUGGAUGAAACCGAUGUGAAUGUGACUAUCCCGAAGUUCCGAUUCGAUUUCUCCGAAGAGCUAAAUCAGCCGCUGAUGGAUAUUGGAAUCCGAGAGGUCUUCUCCCAGAAUGCCUCACUACCACUGUUGGCUCGCGGAAAAGGCACCCGAGACCAGGUUCGAGUGUCACGAGUAUUCCAAAAGGCCGGCAUCGCUGUCAAUGAACAGGGAAGUGAAGCCUACGCGGCCACAGAGAUCCAACUGGUGAACAAAUUUGGUGGAGACGGAACUCAGGUUUUCAACGCAAACCGUCCAUUCCUGUUUUUCAUCGAGGACGAAAACUCCGGCACGCUACUGUUCGCCGGAAAGGUUGAAGUGCCCACCGUGUAACGAAGAUCCCGAAACAGAAUAAGCGAGACUUUCAAAUAAUUGCUGCCGAUUUCGAAGGGCGUUCCACAUCCGGACUUUUGCUCCCUGUCUUGGAACAAGUUGAAUGAAAUAAAUUUUAGUAAUUAAAAACCA